CUGAGGUGAAGUAACCGGAAGUAUUCGAUACCGGAGAUGGAUCCGGGUAGGCACGGUUGACCUGCCAGGGAGCAGACACGUCAGUCGCACCUCCCGGGUACUUACCGUCGUAGGGGAGGCCUGGGAGGGUGAGUAGUUGACUAGCUACCAUGGAGAAGCUGGGUGUGAAUUUUGGAGGUGGCCCCAGUAAGAAAGAACUGCAAGAAUUGGUGGAAACUCAGAGGAAACAGCUGCUUCAGUACCAGACUCGGCUGAAAGAUGUUGUGCGAGCAUACAAGAGUCUCUUGAAGGAAAAAGAGGCUUUAGAGGCCAGUCUUCAUGUGCUGUCCACGUCACAGGAGCCUGGAUCGCUUUCCACGGAUGUGGAGGAGCCACAUGAUGACCAGCAUUCCACACACAGUGAAGACAGUGUAGAUACGGCGGGAAGCCUACCCAGUGCUAAAGGUGGAGAGACCAGUGAAGAUGAACGACAGGAAACUGCUCAGCACAGUGGUGGGGUAGAAGAGGCCAGCGGUUCAGAAAGUGGGGUCAGCACAGCUAGUGGAGAAGGUGGCCCGUCUACUCUGGCAGAUACAGACCGAAGGAUAGUACAACUAAAAAACCAGCUCGCCACGCUAACCAGCGCUUUGGCUACGGUUACCCAAGAGAAGUCUCGCAUGGAAGCCUCCUAUCAAGCAGACAAAAGAAAGGCAAAACAGGAGAAGGACGAAAUGGCACAAGAAAUGGAACAAGAGCGUAACCACUUACGAGGAGAGAUUCAGGGCCUACAGGCACAGUUAGCAGAGAACAGGGCUAAACUGAUUAGUCACCAACAUGACCGUGCACAGGAGCAGGCAGAUCAUGCAGUAAUGCUGAAGGAGUUGCAGCGUCUACUGCAAGGAGAGAGAGACCAAAGACAAGAGGUGGAGCUGCACCUGGAGGAAGUUAGGCAAGACCUAGCAGGUAGAUCUGAAUUUGUAGCUAGAGCUGAGGCAGCAGAAGAACAGUUAAAAAAGUUCCGCAAGGAAAUUGAAGACCUGAAGAAGGACCUUAUUGAAGCAAGAAGGAAGAGAACAGAGCCUGACCCUAUAGUCCAGGAGCUGCAGAAGGAGCUUUGUGCAGUGAAGAAAGAUCUGGAAACACAGCUACAAGAGGAGAGAUGUAAGAGGCUGGAGGAGGAUCAGCAUAAUCAGCAGAGCUUCCUGCAAGAGGAGGAAAGGAUACGCUCUCUUGAGUCCCAAGUGUCUGAGCUAUCUGAGCUCUUGGGGGCAGCUGAGACAUCCAAACAGAGGGACCAAGUAACUCUACGUAAACUGCGAGAACGCCUUUUACAGUUAGAAACCGAGAACAAAACAAUUGCUAUGGCCACCUCCAUGCAUCCUCCACCUGAAACCCUUGUCAUGAAAUCUUCAGUGGGUGAGGACACUGAGGAUAGUCCAGAGCAGCGUGGAUCAGCUCUCUUCUACCAACAGGAGCUUCAGCAGGUGAAAGAAGAGUUUGAGCGUUACAAAGCUCGAGCUCAGGGAGUGCUGAGAACUAAAGGGACGCGUGAGGGAGAGCUGGAAGCUGGCAAGCAGAAGUUAGAAGAAUUAAAAGAAAAGUAUCUCACCCUGAGAGUGUCUUCUGAGGAAGCAGAGACUAGACACAAAGCAGAAAUGGAGGCCACGCGUAAGGAACUUGCGCUAUUAGCUCAGACUCACAGACAGGAGCUUGAACAAGUGCGGAAGGAAAGUCGUGAGAAUAUGGCACGAAUGGAGGAAGAGCUAAGACAACACAGGGAACGUGUUUUGGCUGUGCUAAAUGAGAAAGAGCAAGAACUGGAAAGAUUGAGAGAAACCAAGACUCCAGUUAGCAUAUGUCCACAUUUGCCAGACCCUUUAGAGAAUGGUUUAGAGCUUCCACAGAACAACUCAUCUGCUUUCCUCGUCUAUGUAGAUCAACUAUCUCGAAAAGAAGCAGAGAUUGGGAGCCUGCGGCGCAGAAAGCAUGAACUAGAGUCAGAAUUGCAAAGCAUGCAAGAACGGGUAGCAGAGAAAAAUGAGGAGGCGCAUAGUUUACGUGAGCAGGUUGAUAAGGCUAUGCGAGACAGAAGCAGGGAGGGGGCUAAUAUGGAAUAUCUAAAAAAUGUAUUGUUGGGGUUCUUGACUCUUACAGAUCCCCUUGGUAGACAACAUACGUUAAGCGCCCUUCUGACUGUCCUGCAUUUUUCCCCAGAGGAAAAGAAAGCGGCCCUUAGAGCACAGGAUGGGAACAGGUGGUGGGCAGGGGCCAAGAGGUGAUGGAAAGGCUGACACAAGGGAAGGAGCGUUAAAAUAUUGUCAUUUGCAGCACUUUUAACACAUGACUUUGAUAUUUUCUGAACAGUGAGGUAUUUUAUCUUGGGACCAUUAAUAUUUGCAGAGUUAUUGAUUUUAGGGACAUAAUGAGAUCACUUUUAUUGUGAUGUACCUUUUGUAAGGGCAUGUUCACAUCUGCUUCAGAGGCUCCUUUCGGGGCCUCCACCGCAGUUUUUGUCAAAAGUACCCAAGAGAAAAUUCCUGCAUACAGGACUUUUUUCUCCACUAAAAAUGUGUUCUCCUGAACGGAAACCAAACGGAUCCCAUUAUAGUCAAUCGGGCUGUAAAAAUCUAUGUCCUAAGUUUUUAAACUGUCCUAAGCUUUCUACCCCACAGCCUAGUUACAGUACAUUAUUUUACUUAAUGCCCUGCAGUGGGAGAAAGGCAAAACUGAGAGCUACAGUCUACUCCAAAAUAUCCCCAAAUUAAUAAUAGGAAAAAAACUGAACAAGGAAAAGUUACCACCCUGCUUCUCUUAAGGUUUGGGCUACGAUUUGAUUAUGUGAAUUUAAAGGAACCCGUUACCAUGAAAAAGCAGUGUAAUCUGCAGGCAGCAUGUUAGAUCAGGAGGAGCUGAGCAGAUUGAUGUAUGGUUUUGUGGGAGGAGAUUCAGUAUAACUUGUAAUUUAUACAUUUAAAUCCCAUCUCCUUCUGAGCUUUAGGAGUGAUGUGGGACUGUUCUGUGAUUGACAGAGCUGAUACAAAGUCCUGCAGAGAUAAAGGUCACUGGGUCAAACCAACCCUAGAACUCCUAAGCAUAAAAAGAGCAGUUAAAUUAAUAAAGUGUAAGUUAAAUCCUUCCCCACAACCCUCCUGCUCUAUAACAUGCUGCCGGCAGCUUGCACUGCAUUUUCAUGGUGACAGGUUCCCUUCAAAAGUUGUGCCACGCUUCAAUCCAUGGGAAGGAAUUGAAUUGUUUACGUCUCUGCAACAGGGAGAUGCACCAAAGUAGCAUUUUGAUGCACCUUUAGUGUAUCAUGCAACUCUAAAUAGUAUUGAAUGACAAAAACGCAAUUUGUGAAACUUAAAGGCUGUGGGCGCAUUGGGAGCAUUUUUAUUAUUGCAUUGUACUUAUUUAGGGCUAAAAAGCAUUUUUCCAAUUGGUCUUUAUAUACAAUGUUCAACUUUUUGUCUUCUGUUUCCUUCAGGUUUUCACUGACUGUGCAGACUGUCCUUUUCUUUCUGACAGCUGAGCUGAAGGGCUUGAUAUGUAGCCUCUAUCUCUUCAUGCCUAAGAGGUCUUAAACAUUUAUUUAAACUGAAUUAUCAAAUGUAUUAAAAUUUGGUUUAAAUUAGUGUUUAUGACCUGUCAGGAAAGUACAGAUAAGGGCUACGGACAGAGCUGUUUGGCGACAAGGGGACCAAAACGAUCUACUAGGUCAGUGAAAACCUGAAGGCUGUGGAAGACAAGCGGUUGAACAUUUUUUAAUAAACAUUAGUUGGAAAAAUGUUUUUAGCCCAAAAGAAAGUACAAUACAGUAAAAAAAAAAAAAAAAACCUCUAAA